UCUAUCGAUAAUAUUGCCUUGUUUUUGUGGCGUCGAUUUCAAUUCGCGUUUCAUUAUUAUUUGAAAAUAUCAUUUAAAAUGAAUCGCCGCAACAAGCGCACAUCCUCUAGCCAGUACAAAUACUUCCUGGAUACAAUGGAGGCGAAUCCCCGCCUAGCGGCCAACACAAUGAGUCGAGCGAACUACACCAAGAAGUGGAAAGAGAUGGGCGUCGAGCUGAACAAGUGCCAACUGGGUCCCAAAUUGUCGGCCGAAGAAUGGCGAAAACGUCUGAAUGACUGGAAGAACUCCACGCGCUCCAAGUAUCGGCGUUGCGUCGUGACAGGUGACAGGGGCUCCAUGAGCGCACUGGAAAACCGUUGUAUGCGUAUUUUUUUUGUUGGGGAUACAACUUCACGUGAGCCUGCCGCGUACGAUGAGUUUUCGGAUUAUGACGAGGAGGAACAAGAAGAGGAGUUCCUCGACGAUGAGCAUCAUGCACAGUACCAGGAGCCGGAGGCAUCAGAGGGACAUCCAGCCGUCGUCCUUAUCAAUGGAGUAGAUCAGAGUUCUGCACAAAGAAUUCGUCUUCAAAACCCCCAAUCAGUAAUCUAUGAAGUUGAGCAUCUACUGCCGAACACUACCUCUGAGAAGGAGGAACCAGUUACGUCCUUCGCCAAGGAAAUCCAAGUUCAGAUAAAUCGCUUGUCAAAAAUCCAAGAAGCCUCUCUGGACUUCAAGAUUGCCCGCUUCAAGUACAAAAAUCCAGGAUUCGAAUACAAUUUGCAUAUUUAGUAUAAGACACUUAAAUAUUAAAACGUGUUAAUUUUUAAUGUGUAAGCAUUAUAAUUGUGACCUGUUAAUUCUGUUAAGAAUUGGCCAAGAAAUGGAGCCACUCGUUAGUAAAGUAAAGUACUAUGUACAGGUUGACCAAAACUCUAUUGCAAAAUAAACAAUCACUAUUUUUAUA